AUGGCAAAGAACACUACAAACGAAUUGUAUUUAAAAUAUGCCAAAGAAUACACCCCAGAGAAAUACAAAGAACUCAUCGAAAAAAGUAAAGAAAAAUACUUGUCACAACUCCAAAGGCAUGAUUUAAAACAUAGUCUCAUCGUCACACAGACUGAAAAGGCACUGAUAGUUACAGCUGCAUAUGUCGAUGACUCUUUCGACGUUUAUACAAAGUUUGUGUGCUAUGAGGCUAUCAAUGGGAGAGACACCAACGACGUUUUAAGAGACAUCCAGACAAAGUUUGGGAUAGAACCAAAGUCAACGUUUUUACUUGUUAUCGACGACGUAACGGAGAAACCCCAAAAACGAUAUCCUUCCGUUAAAAAGCAAAUUACACCAUAUUCGACGAUCAACACAAUCUAUUCGAUGGUGAAAAAUUCAGUGACUGAGAACAACCGAGCAGGCCAAAAGAUCGAUUGGUCCAGAACAGAGAGUGGAUUUGGCGAUUUUUGCUCGUACAUUUUUAAGGCAGCACAACUUAAAAACGACUUUGGGCUAGUAGCUAAAUUGUCUGAUGCUAAUAAAGACGAGGAGAUUGCAGGCACUGUGAAACAUGCGAUAGAGAAAAUAUUGGAUCUCCAAAAAGUCAACGCACUCACAAAAGCCAUUUUCUUACAUCCGUAUGCUAAAGAGAUGUUAUUGAAAAAAACGGUACUCGAACUACUUCGAAAUGAUUUUGCUGCUAUUCCACACGAGGAAAUGGAUGCUUAUUUAAACAUUGAAGUCAAGAAAAUUGAGAACUGGACUGAUUGGUGGAAAAUCAGACAGUCUUCAUUUUAUCAUUUGUCACAAGAAGCACGGAAAUAUACCACACUGGACCAAUUUAGAUUGUCUUUUAUUUAUCGACUCUAUGCCGAUGGAAUUAGUAAAGAUCAUAUUAACUUGUCAAUCGACGCCAUUUCUUAUGCAUUGCUCAAAUACGAACUUAGAAACAUUAACGCACCAGAAAGAAUCAAAUAUGUACCAGAAGAACCAGUGUUGAGAAAAGAAAUAAAAGUAAUAGGAACUAAUCAUUUACCUUUAAAUAAGGUACAACAAUUAAGUAAGACUCAAGAAGUGCAUCAACCAAAAGUUUUGUCUGUUUCAGAACAACUCGACUUACAAGAGAAAAGAAAAUCAAAUGUCUUGAAAGAAAGCACAAAACCAACGAAGUCUGCGAACGCUCUGAAAAACAAAACACCACAAAAAUUGCUGAAAAAGACACCCCCAAAGACUAUACCAAACAUCACUGAUAGUAUCUUAAAACCAUCGAAAAUACAUGCACCAUCUAUAAAGGCAAAUACUCAGGUGGUUCAAAAGACAGUUCUUUCAAAUACUUUGAAUCAACCAAAUAACACAUUCGAAACUCCUAAACACCCCACGUUGAUUAAUACUAAUCCUCCUCAACAAAUGGUUAACUGCAUGACACCAAUCAUAACAACUAACACGGCGGGACAACUCCCUCAAAAUGAAAUAACACAACAAAACACAUUGACGAAUGAUAUACAUUUGGUUCAAAAAGCUCCAAUAACACCAACGGUCAUUACACCUGUUGCACCACAAACAGUACAUGUUCAACCCCCCGUUACACCAAGAAAUCAAAUGUGUUUUAAUAACGUGUGCACCCCACUUAAUACACAUCAACAAACAUUGUAUUCAAACACACAAUUCACUACAGAUAAUUCAGAUUCAUCAAUAACAACAGUCGAUAAAUUCAAUCAACCAGCUCAAGGGAUCCUCUCUGAAAUAUUGGAUUUAAAUGAAACAGAAAGCGAAGACCACUCUUUCCAAUUCAACGAGAAAGAAGUGAAGAGAAUUGAAGCUUAUAAACCAGAACCCUUUCAAUAUCAAGAUGAUGUUCCUCCUAAGUAUCCAGACUCUUUUGAAGACAGACCAACCAUUUAUAGAAGUUCAAAUAGGGUUAAAGAGCUGGGGGUAUAUCAAAAUAGACUUGGGAGAGUUAACAAGUAUUUAACUUCACAUCCAAAUGACCUUGCCUAUCAAUUGAUCAAGAGAAAUGUAGUCAAUAAAAUUAAAAUGUUACAAAACAGUCAUAAUAUUUGCGACUUGACGUAUGCCGAUGACGAUGUUAUUUGUAUUGAUUAA